AUGUUUCGGACCGGCACCGGCUUCCCGCCUGACAAGGCUUCGGCAGUGACCUGGCUCGUGGAAGCCUGCGAGCAGGGCCGUGCUGAGGCCUGCCUGGCCCUGGCUUCCAUGUACAGAGGGGGCGAGGGCAUGCGGGGUGACCCAGCGGCAGCGCUGUACUAUUUCAAGAAGGCAGCGGAAGGGGGCAGCGCCGAGGGCGCCAACGAGCUGGGCAUCAUGUACCUCACUGGGGAGGGCACGGUCGCAAAUGAGGAAGCCUCAGCUUAUUGGUUCGAGCGUGGCACGGAGCUGGAGGAGGAACGAAGAGCCGCUGAGGAGUACAACGACGCUCCGUGA